AAGUACCUACAAAGGAGGGGAAUAUCGAAACUUAAAACUAUAUUGAGACGGCCGAUAUGUAUAAUUACUUGUAAAUAACUGACACAGGGGAAUAUCGAAACUUAAAACUACAAAGGAGCAAGGAAUCGACGGGAGGGAGGCAUGGCCGACCAAAACUCGAUAGACAACAACAUCAGCAACAACAAAAGCGUGAAGGAUAUACCAUUAACACGGGCAGAAUAUUUGAAGUCGAAAUUUGCCGUAACUCCCGAAAGCUUGGCAAACUACUUUCUUAAAGAAAGUAUUAGACGAUGCGAAGAAAGAGAAAAAAGACGACAAGAGGGCUCCUAUGAUAGUGAUGAGGAGUGCGACGAGGAGGAAUACAAACCAUUUUUUAGGAACAAGGUUGAUUGUUUGGUUAAGCCCCCUUGCGGCCAUGAUGCCUGGGUUCGUUAUCAGAAUAAGUUAGCUCUCAAAGAAGCUGCUGCUGCUGCUGCUGCUGCCUGUCAUGAUGACGACGUUGAUGCACCAGGCGGGCCUAAAAAGAAACUCAAGGGUGUUAAUGAACAAAAGGCGCUGGAAGGCACGUGGUCAAGAGACGACAAUGUCCACUCAGAAAGUGGCCGCUUUCGAGAUGGAUCCUUAACAACUUGAACUUUGUUCCCGGGUGGAACUUUGUAAUCUAUUACUGCUUUACAGUUUAUUUGCUGUUUUACAUUAUUUCGUCGUGAUUACGACUUGAUUUCCUAGCUAUAUUAUUAUGUAAAAUAUAAUAUAAUAUUCUAGUGCAUGAUAUUUGAACUUGAACUUCUGUUGAAGUCUACAGUUUCAUGUAUUAAGAAGAUUGGCAUUUUACA